AUGCCUAUCAGCGUCUGGCUAAGUGGUUCACCACUCUCUCCUAAGGAGAAGGCCAAGAUCAUUAAAGAUGUGACCCAGCUGGUUCUGUCGCGUCGCACCCGCAUGUGCAAUUUCCUCGAAUACAAAGACUCCAAAGUUGUCUACCGUCGCUAUGCCUCCCUUUUCUUCAUUGCGGGCUGCUCCUCUACCGAUAACGAAUUGAUCACCCUGGAGGUGGUGCACCGCUACGUGGAACAGAUGGACAAAUACUAUGGAAAUGUGUGUGAGCUGGAUAUCAUCUUUAAUUUCCAGAAGGCCUACUUCAUCUUGGAUGAACUGCUACUGGCUGGAGAGAUGCAAGAGAGCAGCAAGAAGAAUGUACUUCGUUGCAUCAGUCAACAAGACAGUCUUGAAGAUAUGGAGGUGAGUUCCCUGAUGAUUCCUUGA